AUGAAUCAAAAGUUUGCGGAGGAAAUCCGCAUUAACGGACAUAAAUACCAUAUUAAUGGAAUAAAAGAAAAUGCCGCAAGCACGAAGCAAGUGGACACAGAGCCUCCUGAUGAAGAAAUUUCAGAAGAUGAUGAAGACCUACUGUUGAGAAAUGUUGCAACGAAUCAGAACCAUCGGCCCUUCGCGAAAUUCAAACGCCCGCAAAAGUUGUCACGCCGCAAGGCUAUUACAUGGGUGAACGAUGUUGUUAUUCGAGCAAGAGGACGGGAAUUACUCGGAAAUUUUAAUCCUCUUGUUAUUGCCGAGCUAUUUUGGGAGCAGUCAUCUAAAUGGCAUUUGUUUGCUGAGGCACAUAUAGAAGAGGUAUCAGGUAUCUGUCAACGUUUUCUCGAAGGUGUCCUGAAAGACAAGGCCCCCUUGGAUGUGUUCCAUCGCUUAUGGCCCACUGUCUUGGAAAGAGUCAAGACGAGACACCGAGACGCGCUGGAAGAGCUUGGCAAGAUUUUGAAAGAUACCCGAAGUUACGUCAUUAAUUACAACCAUUACUACACCGAUACCGUUAAGAAACGGCAGUCUGAAAGAAGAAUGAACCACAUGAGCGAAUGUAUCGAGAAAUCGACGAAGUACAAAAAGCUUCCAGGAUGUCAGUCGGACCACACGUUUCCAGACAUCGACGUUGGACAUGCACUGGACCUCUUCGCGGACCGCGUAGAUCCCAACAUGGACAACCAUAGCUCUGAGGAAGUCCUUGAUUGUCUUUUUGCAAUCUAUAAGGUAUACCAGAAACUAUUCAUUGCGAAUGUUACCGUACAGGUCAUCGAACGACAUAUAGUGCAAGAUUUGGAGCUGAUAUUUUGCCCACUGACUGUUGCAAAGCUUUCCGAUACUGACGCCGUCUCUUUAGCAUCAGAAUCCUCAGCAAUGGAAAGACAGAGAGCGUUCUUGGUUGGUAGGAUUGGGAAGUUGGAGCAAGGUCGUGCAAUUUUAGGAGAAGUCAUGUCAAGCAAUAUUUGA